UCCUCAGUGGAAAACAAAACUGCAAGGUGUUUGACCUCCAGGGUGUGAUGGGGUUGGGCCUCUUCGCCUCCCCUAUAAAGCAUCCCACAUGACAGGCCUUCAAACUGUGAGAGCAGUCGGCUGCACAGUGGAGAUAAAGACGAGCUGCCACCUGUAAAGUGAUGGACGCGGAAGACCUGAUCGAAUCCAUCAUCAGAGCGUUCAUGUUUCUGGCGGGGAUCCUGGGGAACAACUGGCUGGCUGUACGCUCCCUGCCCGCGCAGAAAUCCGGCCUCCGCACCAACGAGGUCCUCUUCAUCAACCUGGCCGCGUCCAACCUCAUCACCAACUACCUGGUGGACCUGCCGGACACCGUGGCGGACUUCGCCGGACGCUGGUUCCUGGGAGAAACCUUCUGCGCCGUGUUUCGCUUUUGCGCCGACCUCUCCGAGACCAGCAGCAUCUUCACCACCUUCUUCAUCAGCGCCUUCUGGUACCAGAAGCUGGUUGGCUCCCUGAAGCGGGGAGGUGCACCGGUGCAGCUGGACAGCCUGUGCUUGGUGGGGGGCCUGCUGGCCGGGAGCUGGACGGUGGCUUUGGUCUUCAGCAUCCCGCACUUAUUCUUUGUCAAAGUGGAGGGAGGAAACGACAGCUACGAAGACUGCAUAGACGUCUUUCCUAACCCAGUUGCACAGCAAACCUAUGAGAUCAUUUAUCUAACCAUGGCUAACGCCCUCCCCGUCGCUGGGAUGGUGUUUUUCAGUGUCCAGAUUGUUAUCACUCUGCUCCAGAACCAGCGGCGCAUACAGACUCACAAUUCUGGCGUCACCAAAGAGAAGGGUGAGGAUGAAAACAAGAGCGUGUCUGCCUCUCCCCCCAGCGGGGAGACCAACACAGACAGCAGAGCUGGAGGAGCGCCACCAAAUCUUUCAAAGCCCAGCCAGAGGCCGGCCAAGCCCAGCCCGGGUUCAGGCUCUCAGGUGAGGGCAGCCAAGAGUGUUGUUGCCGUAGCCAGCGUGUUCCUGGUGUGCUGGCUGACUCAUCUGCUCCUGCGCAUCACCAACAGCAUCCACACCUCGUCGAUAGUGGUGGAGGUGGCCAGCUAUAUCGCAGCCUCCUACACCUGCAUCAUCCCCUACAUAUUCCUGCACGGAGUGAAGAAGCUUUCGUGCUCUUGCAAAAGGUAGAGACGUGCCGAGCGCAUCCACAGUUCGCUUGGACUCGAUAUGCAGUUAUGUAAACCUGGCUUAGAACAGUUGUUUUUUUUGUUUUGUUUUUUUAAAUCAUGCAACACAUUGCUUAUUUAAACUGCUGUUAAUGUUAAACUACAUAUGUGUUUCUUGUCCCUUACAGCCAGAGGUGACCUUUAGAAAAAUAACUGCAUCUGUUUCCUGCAAAACUGUCAAAGCGAUUAUUCCAUUUCCAGGAUUUAUAAGUAAUUUUACUGUGACUUCUGAGCUGAAACAAUUCAUCCAUUAAUUGAUACCCACUGACAAAUAAUCUGCAUCUAUUCUGAUAAUGCAACAAUCAUGUCAAGUUCAAGUUUUCCGCUGUGAGGAUUUGCUACAUUUCGUCUUAUGUGAUAGAAAACAAUUUUCCAGGCUGGUCUCAUAUCUUAAGACAUCACUCUAGGGUUUAGUAAAGCAUUUUUCACUACUUUAUGCCAUUUUAUAGACCAGACAAUGAACUGAUUUAUGGAGAGAAUAAUCCUCAGAUAGAUAAGGGUGUGUUAGUUGCAGUCCUAUGCAACUUCUCAACUUGUUCACUGUUUCUUCUGGUGUCUGUUUUGUCAAAAUUUGGUUGAACUUAUAAUUGAGGAUAACAGUGAACCUGAGUGGAUCAUAUACAUUAUAUAUUUUUUGCUGCAUUUGACCUGAUUGUAUACUGUCCCCUUCUCAGUCUUUUACAUCAAAAUGAUGAAGCACCUUGUAACUUUAUUAUGAAAAGCUAAGUCAAACAAAUAUUAUAAUAGUUCUAAACCAAACAGAUGUAAAGUUUGUAGAACAGGCACCAGAAUAAUGUUGCUACUCACACUGCAGAUUCCAAAUCUACUUUUACUCUAGCGACAUAUGCCACAAUAACAUUUUAAGUCUGAAAACUUAAAUUUUGACUAUACAUACAUUAAGGUUGAUUUAAUGGACAUCUCACCAGGUUAACAUUGUCAACGAUAUACUCUGUAUAAGCACGUGUAAAUGUACGGACUCUGUGGAUCGUUAAGAGUGAAAUAAGCACAGCAUUAAGUCAAAAUUAUUUUAUUUUCCAUCCAGCUCCAAAUAAAAAUAAUUGUGUGGUAGGGUGCACAGCUAAUUGGUGAAAAAGACCCUCAAUUACUGUCCUGUUGGUGAUGACUCUAAGAAAACCCUGAGUGCCAAUUUCAAUUAAAGAUAAUUACAAGAACAAACAGUGACGAGGUUAGGUCCAUUAUUGAACGCUCCCUGCGGUGUCAGCAAUUUAUUCCAUCUUUCUGCUUUGUCCAAUUUAAGACAACAUGUACCGGGGAACAUGUUUGUUUGUUCAGAGGUAAAAACUAGAGUCUGUAUAGUGUUUUCAAAACAUUCUCAAACACAAAAGCGAUGACAAGUUUUAUUUCUUUAUAAAAAUGUUUUAUGAUUUUUUUUUCCUCCCCUUCAGAGCAGGCUGAAGUUCUCAGUGCAGCACUGUGAACUGCGGUGUAUUAAAAAUAAUGGUUCUACAUUCCAAAUAAACACAAAAGCACUCAACUCAUACACAACAGCAUUGUUAAAUUUAUGAGCCACAUAGACAAAAUGCUCACUGUAAAUAAUACACAAGCAAAAAAAAAAAAGAAAAAAUGUUUAGGUGUGUGACCUUUGGCAGAAGGAAAACUUAGUGGCCAGGUUAUGUACAUAAUUACAACAUCCAACACUGAACUGUAUGUUUGGAGGCAAAUUUAUAACAAUCAAAAUGAUUCCCAUGUGACCAAAAGUCUUAAGUCAGGUAGGUUUACCGAGUGGAUUCAUAAAAAAAUAUCCAAAAUCAAUCGUCAAUACGUGCAAAUUCAAUAUAUGAAAACCGACCUGCAAAUUCAGACUGAUUUCCUGUUUUUAUAAUCACAGGUAACUCAAAACAUUUCGUAGAUAUUU